ACAACCUAAGUCAACAAAAGCCCAGAGCAUGAGCAUGGUGAGCCGGACGGAAAAGGAUUACGACAGCGCGACGCCGGCGCUGCAACAACAAAUGAACCUCGCCCGGCGCGCCUGCUGGAGCAGCUGCCCGACCAGACCCAGCUCCAGUUCAAGUCCAAGUUCCCUUAAUGCUAUAGAAAUUCAAUUGCCCGUGGCAACAGCUUGUCAGCCGGCUAAGCCAAUGACUCCUAAUCAAAGCGUGCUCCGUCUGCCACCCGCACCACCAAGAACAACAACAACAACAACCCAAUCUCCACCGAGCAAACGGCCAAGAUUCAGUCCGGGCGGCAGCUGGCAGCGGCAACUGUUGCUGCUGCUGUGCGGCAUUUGCAUUUUGCUGACCAGCAUCGAGGCACGUCCCAAUGUUAGCGCCUCCAGCAGCAGCUCCAGCUCCAGCUCCAGUUCCGCCUCCAGCGCCAAGCCAGCGGAUGCCGUCACGCAGCUAAACCUGCCUCAGACGACAGCGGCACCAGCAUCAACAGCUGCUUCUCCGGCUCUGCCCAAAGCCGAACCGCUGACGGGUGAUGCGAAGAUUGAGAAGGAUUUGUUCGAUGUGUCGCUCGACGAUGAGACGGACGAGGCACAUCAUCACACGGAACGUUAUCCGCUCUCCCAGGUGGACUUUGCGCGGGUCAAGACGCCGUUCAUAAUUGGCAUUUGGAUACUUUCGGCGAGCAUAGCCAAAAUCGGUUUUCACAUGACGCCCAAAUUGCAUCUGAUAUUUCCGGAAUCCUGUCUACUUAUCGUUGUGGGCGUGGCCAUAGGCGUUGUUCUCUAUUUCUGCACAGAUGUUGCCGUCUCGCCGCUGACACCGAACACGUUCUUCUUUUACAUGCUGCCGCCGAUAAUAUUGGACGCGGGCUACUUUAUGCCGAAUCGCAUGUUCUUCGAUAAUCUGGGCACCAUCCUGCUGAUGGCCGUGGUUGGCACCAUCUUCAAUGUGGCCACAAUUGGUGGCUCCCUUUACGCGUGUGGGCUGUGCGGCGUCUUUGGCGAUGAGACGCCCAAGUUGUUGGACGUCUUUCUGUUUGCCUCGCUAAUAUCCGCCGUCGACCCGGUGGCUGUGCUUGCCGUAUUCGAGGAAAUACACGUCAACGAGAUCCUCUACAUUGUCGUCUUUGGCGAGUCCCUGCUCAACGAUGCCGUCACGGUUGUCAUGUAUCACAUGAUGGAGGUCUAUAAUGAGAUCGGAUUGCCCAACAUUAUGGCGCAGGACAUUGCCAGCGGCGUGGGCUCGUUUUUCGUUGUGGCCCUGGGCGGAACUGCCAUAGGCAUUAUUUGGGGCUUCCUGACGGGUCUGCUAACACGUUUUACGGAUCAUGUGCGUGUCAUAGAGCCCAUAUUUAUUUUUGUUAUGGCCUAUCUGGCAUAUCUAAAUGCUGAAAUCUUUCACAUGAGCGGCAUUCUGGCCAUUACUUUCUGCGGCAUUACGAUGAAGAACUAUGUGGAGUCGAAUAUAUCGCAAAAGUCGCAUACAACUGUUAAAUAUGCGUUGAAAAUGUUAUCCAGUUCGGCGGAGACGAUUAUAUUUAUGUUCCUAGGCGUGGCCACCGUCAACAAUAUGCACGUAUGGAAUACGUGGUUUGUGAUCCUAACCAUUGCCUUCUGCUCCAUAUUUCGUGUUAUCGGUGUCAUUCUGCUGUCGGCCAUUGCCAAUCGCUUUCGACUGCACAAAUUGUCGCGAGUGGAUCAGUUUGUCAUGUCGUACGGUGGCUUGCGGGGCGCCGUUGCCUUUGCCCUCGUCCUGCUCGUCGAUGAGAAUGUGGUCAAGCAUAAGAAUAUGUAUGUGACCACAACCAUAGCUGUGAUCUACUUUACGGUGUUUGUGCAAGGCAUCACCAUAAAGCCACUUGUCAAGAUUCUUAACGUGAAGCGAGCCAACAAGCGGAAGCCCAGCAUGAACGAGCGAAUUCACGAGCGUUUUAUGGAUCACUUGAUGGCUGGCAUUGAGGAUAUUGUGGGCAAGACGGGCAACUACAAUGUGCGUGAUAAGUUCAAGCGUUUCGACAAUCGCUUCAUACGCCCCCUGCUGAUCAGAGAUCUAAAGGGCGCCGAACCCAAAAUUAUUGAGACCUACUCCAAGCUGACCAUGCGGGAUGCCAUGGAGGUGAUGCGUCGUAAUCCGUCGACAAUUGGCCAGAUGACGGGCACCGAGUCGAUGAGUGCAUUGUUUAGGAAUUAUACCAAUAAUUAUAUUGGCGGCAGUCCCAGCCUGACAAAUCUGGACAACUCGUGCUCCCACAACUUGGACAUGGCCGAACUGGACUAUAAUCCAUCCAAAAAGGAUUUGACAGAUGCCAAGAUACACCAUCUGCUGGCCGAAGAACUAAAGCCAUAUAGAAGGCACCGUCGUCUUAGUUAUAGCCGACACGCAGUAGAUGACAGAGAUUUGUCCACACAGGUCAAUUAUAAAAUGCAAAUGAAUUUCCGUCGCAUGUUCAACGAUCGGAAACAUCACAAGCGCAGCAAACGUGGCGCCAGCAACAAGGAGCCCAAAGAGAAUGUUAAACAGAAUCAUGUCUCGUUCCAUGAUUUCCAACAGAACGGCACCACCAAGCAGCUCUCCAAUGGUACGAAUACGAAUUCGAGUUCAAACCAUUCACGCAAAAAAUCUUACAGAAAAAGACAUACUCACAAUUCACUUAACAAAUAUCGUAGAUUAGACAUAGCCGAGGAAUGCCCGCAGAAUCCGAAUGAGAUCAAUGUGAUUGGACCCAGCGACGAUUGGGACGACGGUCUCACAUUUACCGCAAAAUCAUCACCUGACUCGGAUCGCGCCAAUAAUAACUCCCUGAUAGCGCAUAUUCAAAACCUGCCCGGUUUCGAUGCAUCCAAGGCGCGCAUCGUUCAGCAUUAUGCGCCCAAGCUCGACGACGAUCAGCAAGAUCUAGACUCGCCCGAUCCGUCAGUUGGACCCACAGCGGCCGAACUGAUCCUGCCCUGGCGACGGGAUCGUUCAUACCAGAGCAUUGUGGCCGAGCAUCCGAUACCCGAAGAGGAUCGCAAUUUGUCGCGCGACUCGGAUGGCGAACGUCGAGUGGCCACGCCCACAGCUACCGAAUCGCAGCUGCCAUGGAAGCGAGGAGGCGACGAGUCGACGGACGCAGUGCAGCAGAAUGAAUUCCCCGCCUGGGCCUCGAACAAGGAGUAUUUGGCCUACAAUUCGCCAAGCGCCACGUUUUUAGGUGGUAUAAACAAGCCUAAACAGCCCAAGUCCGUCAUAGGUCUGUUCCGUCGCGAGAGUUCCAGCUCGAAGGCCGGCAGCCUCGGCAGCGGCGCCGUGGACGCCGCAAGCGCCAGCCAGGAUCUGAUGGUUGUGCCCACAAUAAAUGCCAUCAAUCCGUUGAUUCAGCUGCCAUCGACAUCGAUGCACAAUCCCCGGCUGGACAAUCGAUCGCAGUCCAUAUCGUCCGGCACGUUGGGCGCCCAUUUGGUCGGCCCGGACGGACAUACGGGUCCGUUUCCGGUCACGGCGAGCCAUCGCCGUAACGUGCGACGCGGUUCAAUGCUGGAGCUUAGCGGACUCAUAGCAACUGGACGCAGACCCAGUCGAGUUUUGCUCUGUAGUCCGGGAGCUAGUAAUUUGCUAGAGAACACAACAACAACAACAGCCACAACAGCCACAACAACAACAACAACAACAGCAACAACUGCUACCAAUAUCAAACCAAUAAUAUCGACAACAACAACAACAAGCACUGUCAACAAUUGCAACUCGGCUAAUUUAAUAACAACCACGGCAACGUUUAAUUCCCCGAGCAACUCGUCAACAACCAACUACAGUUCCCCAACAUCGGAGAGUAGCGGAGCUACAUACUAUUCCAACGACACAAUACCCGAGGAGUCCAGCUACCAGCACGGCCACUCCAAGUCCCUCUGCGAGCCCGUCGAUGCCGAUGAUUGGGACGCGGUGCCGCUGGCUGGCACCGCCGCCGCCUCCGCCUCGGCCUCCGCGAAAGUAAUGCAUGCCGGACGUGAACCUUUGCUGCCGCGUCUGGCCGCGACGACGAACACGCCGCGUGCCCAGAUCCGGCACAUGAACGCUGGCGCGGUGGGCGGUUCGGCUGUGGGCGUGGGGGGCGGCAGAAAUCAAGUGACGAGCGCGCUGCUGGACUACGAGGAUACGGACACGGACACGGAGGAGGAGGAUGAGGAUGAUGAUGAGGGCGAGGAUUUUGAUUUGUAUGACGAUGAGAACAUUGUCGUCACCACGUUCACAACGCCCGCAACGCCACGCCCACACGAGCUGGGCAGACGGCAUGGCGCAGCAGCUGGAGCUGCAGCUGGAGCCGCACCAGCUCCACCCCCCACGACGACGACGACGACAACAAUUCGCCUGACGCGCAACAACGACGAGAGCAUCAUUUGAGGGUCAAGCAGCUGGAGGACUCGCGCCAGAUCCAGGCGUCUUUUCCAAUACGAAAUGUUCUACUGAGUUCGGCAACGAUUACCUAACUAUCCACAUGAAUAUAAUUGACACAUAUAUAUUAUGUAUAUGUAUAUAAGAACAUUUUGAAAAUGGUUUAAAACAAAAAAUAAGAAAGCUUUAUAUUAUAAUUAAUCCCAUAACAAAAAUUGUAUAUAACAAAAGAGCAUAGAAAGCUUCGGCUUGCCGAGGAUUAAAUAACCUUGCGGAUAAUGUUUCAAAAAACCUACAGAUUAUUUCUAGAAGAGCUCUAUCAUAUAUUGAUCCGUUGUAGAUAAGAAAAGGGUCUAACAUACGAUUAUUUGAAAAACGGAAGAGAUUUUCCAUUUUUCGAGCGAUUAUUCCUAUCAGCUAUACGUAAUGCCCGUCUGAUACUUAUAAGAUUUUAGCGGGAAGUUAGAAGCAUGAUAAAUAUUUAACAUGAAAAACGAAAAGUUUCUCAUUCAAGAACUUCACGUUCGACCUUUUCUACCUAUAGCAGCUAUAUGAUAUAGAGGUCCUAUUAUUCUUAGCUAUGUGGUAUAUGGUAUCCGAUAAUAACAGGACUCAAUCCAGAAAUAAGGAGCAUGGUAAAUAUUUAACAUGAAAAUUAUGUUAAGAAUAUUUUAAAAGUGAACAGUGUCUCAUUCACGUAGAUAUAUGAUUUAGUGUUCCGAUCAGGCCAACUCCGAUUAUGCAUACCACCUGUAACUAAAAUAUGCUUCUAAACCAAAUUUCAGCAGGCUAACUUCACAGCACAGACAGUUAACAUGGUCCGUUAAAUAGUUGGAUAGUUAGGAUCUGCAAGGAUAUUUAAGAAAAGAAAGAAAAACAAAACGAUUGUACGUACGUCUAGCACACAAACUAUAAGUUAAACAGAAUUUUUUCAGCUGCUUCGAACCAUUUAAAUUCUUCAAAUGAUAAACUAAUCUAUUUAUAAUGUAUUUACUGUAUUUAAAGCUAGCCUAAUGCUAAUGUGUUCCAGAAACAAUUGUGUUAUCAAUUAACAAUUUAGCCAAAGUUCAGAUUAAGUCCUAACACUUAGUUAGCUGUGUGUCCGUGAAUUGUCUUUUGCUUUUAGUUUAGACAAAUUUAUAAUAUCUAUAUGGAUAAUUAUAACUGUGUUGCUGCAGUAUUUAGUUCAAUUUUAGUCGUACUUAACGUAGCGUGUAUAAAGUAAACCGGAAAUUAGCCGCCUGAAGUCGUAGAGCUACAUUUAAUAAUACAUAAGAAAUCUAUUUCUAAGCAAAACUAUACAAGUUAAUACCUAUAUAUAUUAAAUAAUAAUAUAUUAUAGCUAUUUAGCAAGAGUUGUGUAAUUUAUAAAUUAUUUUUGUAAACAUUUACGAGCCACAAACUAAUGAGAAAUGUGUAGCACGAGAGUAAAUCUUAACGUCUAAGUAUGCGUGAAUUUUCGACUGUAUGAGCAGAACACGGGAGUCCCCAUAAAUUUGCAGUUCAAUAUGUUCAAUAUGUAGUCGAUAUAUCAAACCGGUAGCCAUUUACUUUUUUCACCUAACCUCAAAAGUAAAACAUAACCUACAAAAUAAAAGUAAAAUUCACAUGCUUA